AUGUCGUGGGAAAGACUCAUACGGUUCCAGGACGAGUCAGGCCAGCAGAGCUUUGGCGAGCCUGUUAUCAAAGAUGCCGAUGAAUUGGAAUCGUUAUUAGCGAAGGGAGAGCUGUUCGCAAACGUGUUCAAAGGCAGCGAUCCGUUCAGCCUGGAAGCCACGGGCCAGAAGACAAAGGUUGUGAAGCUGCUGGGGAUCUUAAACCCAACAGAUGUCCCCAUCGUUAAAUGCGUGGGUUUGAAUUAUAUGAAGCACAUCCAGGAAGCAGGUCGAAAACCACCGCCAUACCCAUCGAUUUUCAUCAAGUCCAGAACUUCCAUCGCCUCCCACGAUGAAGAUAUCCCGAUCCCGAAAUUGGCACAAGACGACCAGUGCGAUUACGAAGGAGAACUCAGCAUUGUGAUCGGCAAGACAGGCAAGAACAUUGCGAAAGCUGAUGUCCUCAGCCACAUCGCCGGCUAUGUCACUUCGAACGACGUUUCGGCCCGCAAAUGGCAACGAGACCCAGCAUAUGCGGGCGGGGUGCCUCAAUUCUGCUUCAGCAAAGGGUUCGACAAGUACGCUCCAGUUGGCCCGAUGCUCGUGUCUCCUAAAGUGGUCGGAAGCGCGAGUGGCCUGCGUCUGCAGACGUUUGUCAACGGUGAGAGCCGACAGGAUACCCGUACCGAUGAUUUGAUCUUCAAUGUGGAGGAGAUCAUUUCAUUUAUCAGCCAGGGCUCGACUCUGGAGAAAGGAACAGUGAUCAUGACGGGUACGCCUUCUGGUGUCGCCAUGGGCAUGUCCCCUCCGCAAUAUUUGAAGGAUGGGGAUGUGGUCGAGGUCAAGAUCGAGCAUCUUGGGAGUGUAAAGAACAAGAUGGUGUUCGAGUAG